UCGGAGUCAGGAAGUUUAAGGAAAACAUUUCGUCCACAACUGUCUUUGCUAAAGUCCCAGACCAUGAACUACGUGGGACAGUUGGCGGAGACGGUCUUUGUAACUGUAAAGGAGCUUUAUCGUGGACUAAACCCUGCUACACUCACUGGUGGGAUUGAUGUCAUUGUUGUGCGCCAGCCAGAUGGCAGUCUCCAGUGCUCACCUUUCCACGUGCGUUUUGGGAAACUGGGAGUUCUGCGCUCCAAGGAGAAAGUGGUGGAUAUUGAGAUCAAUGGCGAGCCAGUCGACCUGCACAUGAAACUUGGUGACAAUGGAGAGGCGUUCUUUGUGGAAGAGAAUGAAAACUUAAAGGUCGUGGUGCCGGCUCAUCUUUGUACCUCCCCGAUAACAAUUGAUCUUCCAGAGGUUUCAGAGUUGGCUGAAUCUCUCGCUAGCACCAACUCAUCGUCUUCCGCCCGCCGUAAAAAACGCCGCAAGAAGCGUGCACGCUCAGACGCACACCUUCAUGAGGAUGCCAGCUCAUCUUCAGAGGAGAAGGAGACUCCAGAGCAGGACAUCAUCAAAGAGGAGACUUUGUCACCCAUGCUGGCAAGUAAAUCAGUGUACUACUCUUUGUCUGAGGAGCCAUCCGAGGAUGUGUGUGGAACUCAGACCAGAGAUCUCCACCCUCACUCUGAUGGAGAGUGUUCUCCUAAUGAAAGUGUGUUCUUUAGCCGGCCUCCGUCUCCUAAGAGCGAUUCUGAGUUGUUGGUGAAGCCUUCAGAGACGUCAGGGCCUCAGAUGCAGUGGACCUGGGGAGGAUUUCCAGAGGUGUGUCAGUCAGAGCCAGAGGUCACAGACCAGCCCCGCAACCCCUCCUCUCUCCUGAACCCUUCUGAUAACUCCCACUUUCGUACCAUCCACCGACAAGCCUCUUUUGAUGUGGAGCUUUCCGACUCCUGCACCUACGUAGCUGUAGUAAGGCCUGAGCCUCGGACUCUUGAUUUCCCUUCUACGCCAAAAUACAGCUCAGAAAUAUCUACCCCUACACACCAGUCCUCCCCACUCACACCACCCCAGCCGGACACACUUGGGCCUACUGUGAACUCCAACCAACAACAGGUUUCAGAACUGGACACCUGCAGUGGACCGACUGUUAGUACAUGUAGCACAGAAUGCAACACUAAUAUGGUGAAUUCCACCUCCCCUGCUAAUGCUGAUAGCAUAGAUAGCAUUAUUCAUACUGUUCAUACAAAGACUGUUGACCCAGUUGGUUUAAAUACAUCAGCUGGCUCAGUUAGCAUGGGUCAAAUUGACACAUCAGCCUCUGUUCACACAGUCAGUGCCUUUACUGAUGCUUCCAUAGAAAGACACAGUGGUAUUAAAGCUUUAACGGAAGCAUUUUCAGAGGAUGAACGAAAGGUGGCGGCAACUCAACAGGCUAAUCAGGAAGCAAAAAGUACUAAAGUCAAGAAACCUGUGGAAUCAGUCAUCCUAUUAGAGGAGCAUCCGGUACCCUCUGAGUCCCCGUCUAUAGCGGCAGAAUCAGAGAAGAAAAAUGACAAGCGUGGUCAGCAAUUGGGCCUGACGGAUAUCUAUCUGGAUGACUUGUCCACACUCGACCCUGAGGUGGUUGCACUUUAUUUUCCCAAAAGUGAAAGUGAAUCUGCUUCACAGUGCGGUGCUGAGCUCAGGACCAUCCCACCCAUGCCCUCCCCACAGUCAGGCCGGCUGUCUCCUCGGUCUUUAAGCACUGGCAACAUGGACAGUGGGACGGAGUAUCUGUCAGACUCCACCUCUGAUUCGCUGGAUGUCACCAUGUCCCUUUGUGGCACAGACAGUCAAACCAGGCAGAUAAAUAAAGAGAAGUUCAUGGAGCACAUUGUGACAUAUCAAGACUUUGCCAACAACCCUGGAAUUAUUGAUGAUCCAAACCUGGUCAUCUCUAUCAACUCGAACUAUUACAACUGGGCAGUUGCUGCUCCAAUGAUUCUGUCCAUGCAAGCAUUUCAAAAGAACUUGCCAAAGAGCACAGUGGAGCAGCUGGUAAAGGAUAAAAUGCCUAAAAAGUCUGGCCGCUGGUGGUUUUCCUGGCGAAGGAGAGAAAUGGAGAACAAACAGCCAAGUGCAAAACCUAACUCAGAAGAAAAUCAGCUUGCGGCAUCAUCUUCUCUUCCAAUGGCUCCAUCAAUACAGGUACAGCCUGGUCAGCUGUUCAGCGACGAUGAUGUUACUGACGCUACAAGACAAAACAGUAUAGCUGAAGCUAUAAGCACUGUACAGUGUGUGAGUCAGAUAUACCGCAAAUCUCUACGCCUCACCACCCAACAGAUCGAGCGGCUAAAUUUGCGAGAAGGGGCCAACAGCAUUGUGUUCAGCGUAACCACUCAGUACCAAGGCACCUGCCGCUGUGAAGCAGCCAUAUAUCUGUGGAACUGGGACGAUAAAGUCAUAAUCUCUGAUAUCGAUGGAACCAUCACCAAGUCAGAUGCUUUAGGUCAUAUUCUGCCACAGCUGGGGAAAGACUGGACCCAUCGAGGCAUCGCCAAGCUGUACCACAACAUACACCAGAAUGGCUACAAGUUCCUGUACUGUUCAGCUCGUGCCAUAGGCAUGGCAGACAUCACCAAGGGCUACCUACAGUGGGUCAAUGAUAAAGGCAUUGUACUGCCUAAAGGACCUGUACUGCUCGCUCCCAGCAGCUUAUUCUCAGCAUUACACAGAGAGGUUAUUGAGAAAAAGCCGGAGAUCUUCAAGAUCACAUGUUUGUCUGACAUCAAAGAUCUCUUCAACCCACAAAGACAACCGUUCUACGCAGCCUUUGGCAACAGGACCAACGAUGCCUUCGCUUACAAGAAAGUUGGAGUUGCAGAUUCUCGAAUCUUUACUGUGAACCCCAAAGGAGAGCUCAUACAGGAGAACACCAAAGUCCAGAAGUCUACGUAUUCUCACCUGAGUGAGCUGGUGGACCAUGUCUUCCCUUUGCUCUGUAAAGGCCGACCUUCAUCCUUUGAUUACCCAGAAUACAGUCAUUUCUCCUACUGGAGAGAGCCUUUACCCCCUGUGGACCUCUCCUCACUAUAGACUUUUGAAUUGAUCUCAGCUUCCUUUCAUUCCCCAAAUGAUCUGUUCCCUCUUUUUCUUUCAUGUCCUGUGCUCCCAACUUAUCCUACCUUGCUAUUGCUAUGACACUAAAUAAUUUAAUGUAUUUAUGGAGCCACAAUGCAAAGCAGUGGCUUAUCCACACUGAAUCUGUGCAUAAUCAAACAUACAUUUAGCUUCUUUAUUCAAACCAAUGCAUCAAAUACAGUGAAAAGAACUUUAACCUGAGGGGGAAAUGUGGAAUCUUGUCUUUUGCUUAAACACUCACAAAUACACAUGCAGACACACUGCUGAGUUGCCAUCUAACCUAUUCCAAAUCAAAUACUGUUCUUUCUUAAAAUGCACUUCAGCUCGUAAUGGUUUUCCCACAUGCCAACACAACUGUACAGUGGUGUCCUGUAUAUGAACUCUCCUCUGAACUGACAGAAGUGUGUCUUUAAUCGCCAAAGAUAAUCAUUUCAUACAUGUAUAUACUCACUCACUCACUUUCUUAAUCGCUUAUCCAAAUAGGGUCGCCGCGGGGGGUUGUGAGCUGGAGCCUAUCCCAGCUUUUCAGUGGGUGCAAGGCACACAGUAACACCCUGGACGGUGCGCCAGUCCAUCGCAGGGCAGACACACAUACACACACCCAUUCACCUAUAGGGCAAUUCAGUGUCUCCAUUUAACCUAACUGCAUGACUGUGGGAGGAAACCGGAGCUCCCGGAGGAAACCCACGCAGACAUGGAGAGAACAUGCAAACUCCGCACAGAAAGGACCCGGACCGCCCCGUCUGGGGAUCGAAUUCAGGAGCUUCUUGCUGUGAGGCGACAGUGCUACCCACCGAGCCACCGUGCCGCCCCUGUGUGUAUACAUGUUUUCUGUAAUCAUUUCAAAUUGCUGAUUGUGAAUCCGCUGCUGCUUGCAACUUUUGAUCUGAUAAAAAAGAACUGGAUUACCACACGUCUCCGACGACACUUGGACAUUCUGCUUUCUCUUCUUAUCACCUGCCCAUGUUGGGUUCCCACACAGAGCCAUAUCACAUGUGGAGAGCCACGCUAAGCUCCUUGUGACUCCCCUUCAACCCAUCCCUCCCAACCAUGAGAAGAGACUGGAAAAUGUGGUUUGUUCGACCUUUCAACUGUCAAACAUGGCCAGUUGUGUUUGUGUGGACCCCUGGCCAGAUAUGUGGCUCUGCUUAAACUCGAACAAGUGAGUUUGAACAUGUCACAGUGGUGUGCUUACUAACAAAUUAGACCACUGCGCCUCCUGAGUGCCUGUUUUCUGCGUGUUUUACCAUAAAUACUGUGUGAUGCUUUCCUCAAAAAGUAGGGGGAAUGGCAAAGUUUAAAACCAAAAUAACAUUUUAGCUUUUGUAUUUAUGUAUUUUAUAAAAAUGUCACUGUUCAUUGUCUUUUUAUUAUCAUAAAUAAUAUCUUUAAAAAAAAUAAAAAUAAAAGGCUGGAU